AUGGAUCCAACUGUUGAUUACACCUCCACCAAUCCCACCUCCUUCAAUCCAGUUGAUCCCACUGUAAAUCAUCCACCAAGUUCAUCCAACCCCAUAUGUGAUGAGGAAAUAUCUUUCUUCAACAAAGAUUGCAAACAGUGGUAUGAGAACUACAUUAAUUAUAGGCCUUUGUUAUUGGAGAGGGGUGUUUUACUAGAUCAAUUAAAAGAGGCAGGAUGUGAUGUUAUUUUUUCUCUUCAUCAAUGGAAUUCUGCGGUAGAUAUCAAGAAGACGGAUAAAACAUAUAAUACAUUGGUGAAGAUAUUAUAUUCUAAUAUGCAUGAUAUUGAUAGAGAUGAUUACAAGUUUAAGUCCCUUGUGAGGAACGUAAGUUUUGAAGUAACUCUAGAGUUAGUUUCAAAAAUAUUGGGAGUUCGCCGACCCUUCAUUUCUAAUAAUACCCUUACCUAUCCAUUCAAGAAUUUUAAGGACAUACUUAAGCUGAAAGAUGUUCAUGCAGAAAUUGAGGGUAUACCUAAUAAAUUUAGUGAGAGUGUUGACGAUCCAGAAUUUUUUCAGCAAGACCUUACUCCCAAAUAUAGGAUGUUAAAUCUUAUAGUGGGGUACAAUAUUAUACCAAAAGGACAUACUGCUAAGUUUGGACUUCAUCGAGCUCAUCUCUUGUAUGCCAUUGGAAAGGGUAUAAAGGAUAGGCGACGAUGUCUCCCAUUCCCAAUUUUGAUUUCAAAGACUAUGGAGGAUUAUGGAGUUGUGAUUCACUCAAGUGACACUUAUUCCACUCCCAUGAAUCCAAUUUAUGGUGGGACAAUAAAGAAGAGUUUGGCGCAAGGGAAGAAGAAUACAACAUAG